CCGGUAUCAAACAUGUCGGACAGCUGGAUAUGUAACUUGGCGUACGACGGGAAAUUCGAAGCUCUGAAGCAGCAGCUAUGCGCCGAUCGCACGAUACUCACCAAGAAAGACCUCGCGGGACGCAUACCCCUGCACUGGGCCGUCUCGGGCAAGCACAACGACAUCGUCAACUUUCUUCUGCAGCAAGGGUCCCCGGUUGACUGCGUCGAUGAGGCCAAUUGGACGCCACUCAUGAUUGCAUCAUCUGUCGGUCAUGUUGAGAUAGUGUCUGCUCUGCUUAACAGGAAUGCCAAAGUGGGCAUCGCAAACCAGAUGGGCCAGACGUCGUUGCAUUACGCUGCGUCUAAAGAUCACCUAGAGGUUGCCAGACUCCUAUUGGAGCACCAUGCCAACAUCAAUGCCCAGGACUCGUAUGGCAGCACCCCGCUGCACCGGGCUGCGUCCCUGGGAAGGUCUGCCAUCGUGCGGCUCUUUCUCGAUGGCUACCGGAACCAGCUGGACAUCAACUGCACAGACGAGGCCGGUAACACGCCCCUGCACUUGGCAUGUGAAGAGGAGAGAGUUGAUGUUGCCAAGAUGCUGAUUCAAGCCGGCUGCAGGACUGACAUAAUGAACAAGGAAGAAAAGACAGCCUUCCAGAUGGCGCCACCGUCUCUGUCGAGGACACUGCAGUCUCUGCGUGUGGGCUCUGCAGGGGAUUGUUAAUAAACAAAUUUUCUUUUUUA